GGCAGAUACAAGAGUGCAGAGAUCAAGCCAUAAGUAAUUCUACCACCGAGGGACCAAGGAGGCAUUCAAGCAAGCAUAUCAUGAUUGAGAGUGACAGAGAGCUGUCGACUAUGGUGCAGGAGCUCUGGGACAAUGAUAUCAACAGACUCAAACCUGGUGUAGACUACAGGAUCUCUCUUCAGGGAAAAGCCGGAGAUGUGAUGGCCCUGAAUGAUGACAACGACGGUGCUGGAUAUCCCCUGUUUACAUAUGUCAAUGAGAACAUUUUCAAAAAGGAGACAUUUCUAGCAUUCAUCUCUCUCUUGGAUAACUAUGAGAGUGACACAGGCGAGCCAGAGAUCGUAACCCCCGAGGAGGAAGCAGAGAACCACAAGUUCCUGGACUCUGUCAUUCAGACGCCUACCAUGAAGAUAGUCCAUAAGUACCUGGUAGAGAAGCACCUCUCUCCAAAAAAUGAAACAGACUUUAAGGGGCAGCUGUACAGGAUCUGGUUUGAACUCUACGCCAGAAGAGGAUCCAGCAGGCCUGACUCCUCCGGGUUUGAACACGUGUUUGUAGGAGAGACGAGAGGAGGUCGAACUGUCAUCGGCUUUCACAACUGGAUCCAGCUCUAUCUACAGGAGAAGCUGGGACACAUUGAUUACAAGGGUUACAGCGUCAAUGCAAAUUCUCCCCAGCCCGAUGAGAACAAGCACAUCCUGGCACUACAGUUCAGCUGGAAGAAUGGUAUAAAGCCCAAGGGAAGCAUCUUCAUUGGUGUUAGUCCGGAGUUUGAGUUUGCCCUCUACACUCUCUGUUUCCUCACCUCACCCAAUGAGCGCGUCAAAGUCCAGUUUAGUUUCUACGAGGUGGAGAUUGUCUGCCACCACUACAACCAGAAGCACAUUGGCACCACCUACCCUGUGCUUAUUAAGUAUCAGAAUCCUAUAUAA